AUGGACGAGGUCAGUGAACUUGGAGACUCUUUGAAAAUGGCAGAAAAACGGCUAUUCGCGAUGGAACGUAAGAGAGAAAAACUUCCUGAGUUAAAUGAGAAGUACAUUGAGUUUAUGAAUGAUUAUCAAGAUAAACAACACAUGAUGAAAAUUCCUGAGGAGGAAGUGCAUAUCGAUGCACGUGUUACUUAUUUACCUUACCAUGCGGUAUUUAAAGAAGGCAGCACUACUACCAAAUUACGCGUUGUCUUCGACGGAUCUGCAAGAAAUUCGUCCCGUCUCUCAUUAAAUGAGGUUCAGCGAGUCGGUCCCGUGGUGCAAAAUGAUCUUUUUUCGAUCACGCUGCGAUUUCGCCAGUAUCCUAUUGUACUCUCUGCCUAUAUUGCGCAGAUGUAUCGGCAAAUUAAGGUUACUGAAAAUCAACAAGAUUUACAAAGAAUUUUGUGGAGAAAGGACCCCUCUGAACCAAUUCAGCAUUUUCGACUCACUACAGUCACUUACGUUACCGCUACAGCCCCUUUUUAG